ACCUAUAUAAACACGGCAGUCCGUCGGUAGCGGUCAGUUCACUUGCAUCCUUCCCCUGCGAUCCUACUAGCGAAUUUAACUGUAGACAGCUACCGUCUUCCAUUUCAUAUCUUCAUCACAAAAUGGCGAUUCCGAAGCUUGGACCUAUGUCAUUGUUAAUGAUUGUUGCGGCCAGCUGCCUGAUGGUGGCCGCUGCCGAAGAGGAACUACCCGCUUCGACGGCCCGCCAGUCCAAACAGAUUUUCUUGGUACCUUCAAUGACACCUUCGAGCACUUUCCCAUUAGGUUUUUACGGAAGGAGUCCUUUGGCCUAUCCGUUGUUGAUGCCGCAACAAGACUCUCUAAUCCGCAGCGAUCUAGUUGAACAAGAACCAAGAGCAUCAGGAUGGCCGUACAAUGUGCCUUCGGUUUCAUCAGAAGAUGAUGAACAGGCUCCUUCGUGGAGGGUUUACGACGCAGUUGAUGAUAACGGUGGACUAAAGUGGUGGAAAAGACGAUUUAACAGACAAGCACUCAUCACCUUGACUCCAUCAAAUCUUGAGUGCCUUACUGAAAACAUUAAGACUGAUGGACUGGGUCCCUGCAAACGAGCAUCGCAAGCCAAUCAAGGAACCAUCGAUAUCAAAUUUCCCGUAGCUGACCAGUCAGCCGUCAUUGGGAUCACGGCUAAUUCACCAGUGAACACCCGGGUCACACUGCUUUGUACUACCAUAACAGAAAUGGGGGUUUUUACGCAAACUGGCAAGAUUGGCGCCGUGUCGGACACACCAAGAACAGAAAUGGGAUACAUGCAAAUUGUUGCAACUAGCACAGCAGCAAACGCUGUCUUGAAAUGCCAUUGGACAACAUAUCGCCAUUACACCGCUACAUACCCAUAAAGGUCUUCUACCUGUAACAAGAUGCAUUUAGCCAAUCAUGACACAUAUUCCUGUAACCAACCCAACCUUCAAAGGUCGCCAUUAAUGCGUCGAUGUACCACAGACAACAUUUCAUCGAUGUGACGAUCUGUAGUAUUUAUUUAGUUCCCAUACAACGUACUGAUUUUAGUUCAGUUACAAUACAAAUAUUUGCACACUAUAUUCGAAUAAAGUAUGAAAUACAAUACUCAACUUGUA